AUGGCCUGGCAGAGCCCCUCCGCCAUGGGUAACGGCGCCGCCCAGCAGGGCGACAACCAGGGUCCUGUCGGCACCGAGUACACAUUACAGGGCGUGAUGCGCUUCCUCCAGCUCGAAUGGCACAACCACGAGAGAGCCCGCAAUGCCUGGGACAUCGAACGCGCCGAGAUGAAAGCAAAGAUCGCGAAGCAGGAGGGCGAGGUUCGCAGCGCCAAGCGUCUCAACGAGCAGCUGGAAAAACACGUCAAGAUGCUGGAAAACGCAUUGAGGAACGAGCGCCAAAAGAACAAGGCUCACGCUGCCGGCGAGAAGCCUGUCGACCAGGACAAGGGCAAAGAGCGCGCCAGCCCAGACCUCAAGAGGAAGCCCGCGAACAAGCACCACAACUCAUUCCUCGACGUCGACCCCGAAGCCCACGAUUCGCCCGAGCAUGAGCGUGAAGCCCAGCGCGACAAGUCGAGACAGUUCCUCACAAAAUGUGUCGAGGAGAUUACCUACCUCUUGCAGCCGCCAGCUCAUCCUCCGCCCACACACGCUCAAUUACAUUCGUUGGCCAAUUCGUCUGGUUUCCUGAACCACGAUCAGUCUAUGGAGGAGGCAUACAUGCAGCAACAACGUCAGAAGAGCAUGGUUAUGGGCCUGCCGCAGCAGGCACCGGUUCCCAACCAUCAGCCACCACCCGUGCCGUCUCUAGCUGAUGUACCUAAUCUCACGCACACCUCGCAGUUGCCCCAGCAAGCCCCUUUUAUGACAAGAGAGCCGCCGAGCAACCAGCCUCUCCCCCAAAUCCCCGUGUCUGCUGUGGAAGCCACCCAGUCACACAUCGAAAUUGAACCCGGCUUUUCGAACAUUGCUGAGGAGGAGGUGGAAAAGGUUACGCACAGCUACGAUAGCUAUGGUCGUCCACUCCCUGCGAGAGAGGCCGAGCAGGGCGCUGUCCAGAGCACUGUGACAGAAGAUCCAGAUGGCUGGAAUUUCGACGAAACCGGCCCACCAACUGAGCCGCCGCCAGAUGUUCCGCCGCCACGGAGACCGGACACGGAUGCUUUCCCCAGCGCCAACAGCAUUCCGGCCAAGUCUCCCCCGCGCUCUGGUCCGCAAUCACACAGGAGAAAGAGUUCGGGAGCACAAUCAAUGUCACGGAGGAGGAGUCAAGGAAACGAGACAGGUGACCCUUCCGCACAGGGAGCCAAGACCGAUCCUCAGCAGUUCAAAGUCCGGUUUGCUCUGCGCGGCCAUCUUGACGUCGUCCGCUCAGUCAUUUUCACGGGAGGAGGCACGCCUUCAGAGCCCGAGAUCUGCACUGCUGGCGACGAUGGCACGAUCAAGAGAUGGAUAAUACCAGCCAGCUAUGUCGCCGGGCAGCAUGGUCCCCUCGGUACCGACAUUGAUAUCCAAAGCUAUUUCACCCACAGAGGACACGAGGGUGUUGUGACGUCUCUUGCGGCAUCCAACGCAAGCUUCUCUACCGGUGGCAGAGUCACGGGCGAUGGAUGGAUAUUCUCCGGCGGCCAAGAUUCGACUGUCAGGGUCUGGGAAAGAGGACGUGUCGAUCCGAAGGCAACACUGGACGGCCACACGGACGCGGUUUGGGCAGUUUGCGUCCUACCGUCGAACUGCGGGCAGGUGUUUGGUGGAAGCGCCAGCAAUUUCGGUGGCCCUGAGCGAGUUCUCUUGGCUUCCGGCUCGGCCGAUGGUACCAUCAAGAUCUGGGCCGUUAGCGCACCUCCUCAGCUCGUGUCACCUUCAGCCGGCUCAAGGCGUGGAGUUGGCGGUAGCCGCAGGCAUUCCGUUACCUCUGGUUCAAACUUUCCGUCCUCGCCCCAGCCUAGCGUGGCCACCUCCACGCCUUUCCAUUAUACUCUUGUUCACUCCAUUGAGCGUGCAGGUGUACCUUCCCCGACGUGCAUCACUCCGCUGUCCAAGACGGGUGAGACUAUCGUGGUCUCAUACACCGACGCCUCAAUUCUUAUUUUCGACACUCGCACCGGCGAGGAGAUUAUCGGCAUGGCCAGUGGAGAGACAUAUGACGGCACGAGCAAGACGGGCGUCAACACAGUUGCUGCGGUUCCAUCGAUUGAGGGCGCGUCAAGCGCUGAGGCCGGCCGUGGAAGCGGGGAGGAUGAAGGAGGGUUACACGGUGCGACAGGCACAGCCGGCGGCGUCGAAGGCGUCGUCAUCAGCGGGCACGAAGAUAGGUUCAUUCGGUUCUUCGAUGCCAACAGCGGCCAAUGUACAUACUCGAUGCUUGCGCAUCCUGCCGCGAUUUCCGCACUUCACUUGUCGCCUGACGGCCGCGAAGCCGUGUCAGCGGGCCACGACGCGUCGAUCCGUUUCUGGUCGCUCGAGAAGCGUAUUUGCACGCAGGAGAUCUCGAGCCAUCGCAUAAUGCGCGGAGAAGGAGUUUGCAGCGUCGUAUGGAGUCAAGAUGGUCGCCUGGUCGUUUCUGCAGGCGGUGACGGUGUCGUAAAGGUGUUUGUCAGAAGCAUCAUUCACGCGUAG